CCAGAACACACUUUAAUUGAUUUGUUUGAGUAGUACAGUUGAAAUGGGGAAAGACGUUGAGGUUGGCAAUGAGUACUCUCUAAAGGACUACCAAGACCCUCCACCAGCACCCUUCAUUGACCCGGAGGAGCUGGGUCAAUGGUCUUUUUAUAGGGCCAUCAUAGCUGAGUUUGUUGCCACUCUUCUGUUCCUCUACGUCACUGUUCUCACAGUGAUCGGAUACAAAAGCCAAACAGACCCUCAUGUCACUGGCACUGAUGCCUGCGGCGGUGUUGGCAUUCUUGGCAUUGCUUGGGCCUUUGGUGGCAUGAUCUUUAUUCUUGUUUACUGCACUGCCGGCAUUUCUGGGGGACACAUUAACCCAGCUGUGACAUUUGGGCUUUUCUUGGCGAGGAAGGUAUCACUUGUCCGAGCCAUAAUGUACAUGGUGGCACAGUGCUUAGGAGCCAUUUGUGGAUGUGGGCUGGUUAAGGCCUUCCAGAAGGCUUAUUAUGUGAGGUAUGGCGGUGGCGCCAACGAGCUGGCUGAUGGUUACAGUAAGGGUACUGGGUUGGGUGCUGAGAUCAUUGGUACAUUUGUUCUUGUUUACACUGUCUUCUCUGCCACUGACCCCAAAAGAAAUGCUAGGGAUUCCCAUGUUCCUGUUUUGGCACCACUGCCGAUUGGAUUUGCUGUAUUUAUGGUUCACUUGGCGACGAUUCCAGUGACGGGGACGGGCAUCAACCCAGCAAGGAGUUUUGGAGCAGCUGUGAUAUAUGGGAAAGACAAAGCAUGGGAUGAUCAGUGGAUAUUCUGGGUUGGACCCUUUAUUGGAGCUGCAAUUGCUGCCAUAUACCAUCAGUUCAUUCUCAGAGCAGGAGCGCUGAAAGCCCUUGGAUCACAGAGGAGUAAUGCUUAAUUAAUUUUGCAACAAUAAUUCUGGAGGAAAUUGUAUAUACCAAGAUUUUCUGGGGGUAGAGAGUCUCAUCAUCCUCUGUGUUGCUUAUUUGUGUGUUGUACUGUGCUACUUUGUUUUGUUUUGUUUUUAAGUGUGCCAAUUAAAUCAAUGCUUUCCUUUUCCAUCUCUUCUUGUGAUUAUGUACUUUUUUUGCUGUUGGUAUCAUGCAUGUACCACAUAGUGGAAUAUAGUAAUGGUAUAUAUCUUCUCAAAUUAA